AUGACUACUACAGAACUGCCAGCUUUUCAAAAAAUUAUUACACGCUCAUUCAUAGAUGUUGAAGUGAUCGAUGAAGGCAUCAACACUGAUCAAUUUUUAGAAGCGACUGAUGGCCUGAUCAAAAUGUUUGAUUUAUUCGGCAGUGCUGCUUUUAGUGUGGUUCAAAAUGAUAUGCGUAACAACGUGAAAAAGAUAAGAACCCGAUUUAUGGAGAAUCCUGUUGAAUACGAUACCUUGGAGAAACUAAUGGCAAAAGAAGCUCAUUUGAAAAAGAGAACAGCUACAGAAGCUUUACUAUGGUUGAAGCGAGGUCUUGAAUUUACAUCACAAUCCUUACUUCACAGUCUUCAAAACCCUAACGAUGAGUUGAAGACAUCCUUUUCACAAGCCUAUGAAAAGACAUUGAAACCUCAUCAUAAUUUUCUACUCGCUAUGAAUGCAUGUCCUUGGAGAAAAGAUUUUUAUGAAAGAAUUGACGUAACAACAGAAGAAAACACCAAGAUGAUGAAGGAAUGGUUGGAUGCAUUGCAGCAUUUGAUUGAUAUUUUAAAUCAUGUUUUCAAGAAAAAUCCAGCAUAUACAAAACAUUAG